AUGGUGUGGGAUGGAGUGUUGUUGGAGGUGGUGAAGUAUUUGAGGUUGGGUUUCCGGCCCUCGGUGGUGGUUAUCCACGCUGGGGGUAAUGAUAUGGGGGCUACGCCUCAGCGCGAGCUUGUGUGGAAGAUGAGGCGUGAUGUUGAACGGACCGACGGGAAUUUCCAGCCACGAGAAUCCAAGCCAACAUCUAAUGGAUCUCUGGCGAUCGGAGGAUUCCGUUCACUGAUUACACGAAUGGCGCAAUCAGUUUAUUCACGACCGGUGUUGAGGAUCGUGCAGAACGCAUUCUUCUGUGUUACAUGCGCGGUGGUCGCCGGACUGGUGGUCUAUUUCUACGUACAGCUUCGCCGCUGUAGACAACGAAAAAACAGACCACCGGAUGAAGAGUCCCUCCGCGUCUUAACUUCCUUGGUAAGUCCAUCAAUUUCCAGUCUCCAAGAACAGGAGAGUGAAGAAAGCAUUGAAAGGAAACCUAAAACAUCCAGCAGUUUCUUUCAGAACUUGAUGGCAUUGUCAGGAAGAGAGCACACUGACAGAAGGAAAAAGAAGAUUUAUGAUGAAGAGAAGGGUGGAGAGGAGAGUGAAGAGGAGGAAUGGGAGAGAAUGAAGAGAAAGAAGUACUAUAAGGAAAAGGAGGACUAUAAAGAAAAGGAGGAAUGUGAGAGAAUGGAGACAGAAAAGGAGAGGAAGAAAAGGGAGAAAAGAGAGAGAAAAGAGGAAAAGGAGGACAGGAAGGAAAGGGAAAAAUGGAAGAGAAAAGAUGAAAAGGAGGAAAAGAAGUACGGGAGGAAAAGGGAGGAAAGGGAGAGAAAAGAUGAAAAGGAGGAAAAGAAGGAAAAGGAGAAAUGGGAGAGAAAGGAUAAGAAGGAGGAAAAGAAGGAAAAGGAGAAAAAGGAGAGAAGGGAUAAAAAGGAGGAGAAGAAGGAAAAGGAAAAAAAGGAGAAAAGGGAGGGAAAGGACAAAAAGAAGGAAAUGAAGGAAAAAGAGAGAAGGGAGAAAAAGAAGAAAAUGAAGGAAAAGAAGGAAAAGGAGAAAAAGGAGAGAAAGGAGCAAAUGGAGAAAAAGAAGGUAGUGAAGGAAAAAGAGAAAAGGGAGAAAAAACAUACAAUGAAGGAAAAGAAAAAAAGGGAGAAAAAGGAGAGAAAGGAGCGAAUGGAGAAAAGGAAAAAAGAGCUUAAAGAAAAAAGCAUCAAAGAGAUGAAAAAGAUGCGAAAGAAGGUGAAAGCAGAAUCUAAGAAAGCCAAAGCCAAACUUCAACGCGAAAAGCGGAAAUUGAAGUCAAAGGCAAAAAUGAAAAUGAAGAAAAUGAAGAAAAUGAAGAAACCUAAAUUGAACAUCGCAAAAAAACUGAAAAAAUUUAGGAAAUGAAAGUCAUGGAGGGCG